CGUUAGUGUAAGCAGCUACUUGGUAGUCCAAGACCAUCCAGUCAACCAUGUAGCCAAAGUUCAUCCUCCAUCUGUGCACGCUAGCACAGACAAAUACUUUAAAUGGCACUUCAGUUCAGAUCCUGCUACAUCUAAGUAUGAGACUAAUGGAAACUAUAUUUACAGCUACAAGAUGAUUGGCUGGCAACGUGUCAAAGUGACAGCAGGCAACUGUAAAGGUGAAGUAGAAUCUGAACCAGUCAAGAUGCUUGUGGUGGCCCCAAUCAGAGGGCUGUCCAUCAACAUUUUGAAAGACACACUUGUUGGUUCAACUGUGCUGUUCUCAGCUGUUAGCUUGCAGGGCAAUCUUGCCAAUUAUACUUGGGACUUUGGAGAUGGACAUUUUUUGAAUCAUUCAAACAAUGACACGGCUGCUCAUGACUACCAGCAAGUUGGUGAAUACAUGGUAAGGCUAUAUGCAACAAAUCCAGUGGGUUCAAGUGAGGCAGCUAAAAGAAUUUUUGUACUGCCAGAAUACUGUAAACCACCUCAGAUCACAAUAUUAGGAUAUCAGCCUCAGACGGAUUAUAUUCAGCUUGAAUUUUUGCAGUCUGAAUUAAUAAGAGUGGAAGCAAACAUUAAAAUCAACUGCUCAGUAACUAGCAGAGUGCGCUUUAGAUGGGAGGUGAAAGCUGCCACCAAUCAUGUGCCUGUCAACCUGUACCUGCCUAGAAUGGUAGAAAGGAGAGCUUAUAGACAUGUCAAAAGCCCUGCUCUCAUUCUUCCACCAUGGACUCUAGACGAAGGAAAAUAUAUUUUUCAGUUAAAGGUUGAAAUGAAUGGUACAAUAAUACCAGUGUACUCUGAGUCUGAGGUGAAUGUCACUAUAAAAUCCACUCCACUUGUAAGCCACAUUCAUGGUGGCAUCUAUCGGCAUAUCAAGCAAAACAGUACAGUCAUUUUAGAUGGAAGGAAAUCAGUGAAUGCAGAUGAUUCUUCUGUAAAAUUAGGGUUUAUGUGGGGCUGUCAUCCUUUGAAGGCCAAAUCUGAGUCCUGUUUUUACAACAGCUCACUGGUGCCAGAGAGGAACACCUCUGUCCUGAUGUUUCCAGCCAGUUGGUUAAACUCCAACUACACUCAGUUUGUUUUCAAUCUGACUGUCUUCAAACCCACUCCACUAGCAGCUGCUGCUAACAAAACUGAGGAGAUUGCUGUGGCAGAUCAAGUCAUUAAAGUUUUGCCUGAUCCUAAUGUUUUAGAAGUCUUGCUAGAAUGUCCACAGUGUUAUAAAAACCGGGUCAACUCUGAUAGAAAAAUAUCUUUCCGCACACACUGUGUCAGCUGUCCUGAGGGUCCACUACAGUACAAAUGGGAAAUUUUUAGGAUUUCUAAUUCACUGGUUCAAGACUCCCAGUCAUUGUGCACCUUCCUCUCUGAUGAUUCUGCACUUCACUCACUCAACCAUGGAGAUGACUCGGAGGAUAAAACCUCCAUCAACGCACUCUCUAGAGAUCAGUUGGCCACCACUAUAGGGAGAGUGCCAAAGGUAGAAAACACACCAAUCAUGAUCAUUGAUAAACCAGAUGCUCAAACAGGAGAACUAAGAAAUGAAGAUGACCAAGACAAGCAGAUGCCUUCAGUGUUUGAAGGAUUUUUAUCAAUUUCUGAAGGCCAAAUGGGAGAAUCAAGACGACCAAAAGCAUCAAACAAUAGAGUCAGGGUUGAAUUUCCAUCGGUGGAUGAAGGGAUAAAUCCUCCCAGAGCAAGACCAGCCCAGCAGCCCACCAGCACCGCCACACCUGAAGGUUGUGUGGCACCAGACUGCCACAUCCGCGAAAUACCCCUCAGCACAGAGACUCCACAUAUCGUCAGUAUAAAGAAAGAUGCCAUCUACUUGAGACCCGAGUCAACACUUACAGGAUUAGAUCAGCCAUCCUUGGUACUCAAGCCUGGCACGCUCAGACCUGGAAUAAGCUACAUAAUAGAAGUGGUGGUCACAUCAAAAGAUGGCUCAUCCGGAUUGGCAAUGAUACUCGUAGAAGUGAAUAGAAGCCCAAUGAAAGGCAGAUGUUCCCUUAGGUCACAAAAAGCCGCUUUAAGUGUUUUUUGCACCGACUGGAAAGACGAGCACUUGCCUCUACUCUACGAGGUGAGCUAUUCUUUAAAUGGAUCCAGUCAGGAUGGUCAGCUGGGCAUUGUUUAUCAAGGUCCCAGACACAACAUUGUUGUCAAACCACCUGUGGGCCUGACACCCUCAAGUUAUCCAGUGCAGCUACACGUCGCGGUGUUGAACAGGUUGGGGGCCAGAACUUUGAUCUGUAGCACUUCGAUUCUCACCGAGGGCCCGCGUCACAACACAACUGGGGACAAGACGUUGGAAACCUUCCUCAAUGAAUCCAUCACCCUGCACAGACUGGCGGCCAGCUCGGUGUACGAAGAUUCCAGCUAUGACCUGCUCGAGUCCCUCACACAGCUGGCCCUACAGCUCAACGCUCACGCUCCACUGGAGGACACCCAAGCUUCUCCUCUACAAGCUGGGGAAGACAUAAGGUCCAACAUUAUAGAGAGUCUCAGCUACAUUCCACUGCGACAUGAGGUGGAAAUCAUUAAUGCUUUAAAAUGUCUUAUUGAAGCCACACAUCUUCCACAUCAGUUGAAUGCCAAAUCAGUGCUGAUAGCUUCAAUACUGCUGAAAGAUAUCAAUGUGGAGACUGAAGUACUGAUGGCUGUCAAUAAUGUUAGUGGCUACACAAGGGGGCUGCACCCAGAGAUCCUCAACUUAGGAAUGAAACUAGUGUCCAAUAUCCUCACAGCUGUCUCCUCUAACCACACACUGUUUGUCCAGAACAAAAUACACAUCUACAAGAGCAUCAUCACUGAUACACUUGAUGUGCUCAAUAAUUUCAUACAGCUAGAGCUUCAGUACCACUCAAUAGGUGAGAAAUCAUUGUUUCUAAAAGAUAAGUUUUUAUCUUUAAAUGCCUCACACUACACCCUGGGUGAGCCUACACCCUUGGAGAUGAACGGUGUUGUGUUCCGGCUGCCAAGUAGCCUAGGAGUUUUCUUAUCAAAGAGCAGUGCUGAGGAUACUGUGGCUGCCAACAUCAGUGGUGCUGUUGUCAGCAGGAGCCUCACUGGCUCUGACUAUCUUCACAAUGGAUUGUGUUUCCAGGCUAGGACUAUGUCCUUCUCUAUCAACCCAUUUGCUGUCCUGUCUAACAAGACAGACAUGAUCCAAUCAGAACUCGCCACACUGGACAUCUACAAUUGCUUUGGUGAUGGGCUGGUUCAUGUUCAAGAGUUGCCUGCUGAUGACAUGAUUCAUAUUAUCAUACCUAGAAAACCCAGUGUCAUUACUAAUACAUCAACUCAGCACUACCUGGACAAAGCCACAAUGAAUAUCCAUCAGGUGAAUGCAAGUCUCCCCAAAUAUUAUUAUGACAUUAGUGGGGAAGAUGGCCUAGGAGUACCUGCCAAUUACUUACAUGUUCAUAUACAGCUGGAGCCUGUGGCUGAAGGCAGGUCUUUUCCCAUCAUGGUCAUCAUAAGUUCUUUGAGUCCACCUCACAAUUUGAAAAAUUAUGUCUUCAAGAAACAAUAUGAGCCUGAUACGCAAGAGAUUAAAAUAUUUUUAUCCCAUGGACCAUAUGAUGGUAGUCAGCAUUAUUACAUAAGCCUUGUUGAAGCCUCCUUUAACUCUGGCAGAAGACGCAGCAAUGAGGUCAAAGGUCGCCUGUACACACUGAGUACGUGGCUGGGGACGUGUGUGUACUGGAAGCAUGCGUCCAACAAGUGGAGCAGUAGUGGUUGCCAGGUCCUGCCCUCCUCCAGUGUAGAGGCUCUACAUUGCAGAUGUAACCACUUGACUACAUUUGGAGGCUACUUUGAAUUGAUCCCAAAUGACCUCUCCUUUAUAAGUGUGGAGGAAUUUUUCAGCCCCCAUGAAAACCCAGUAGUGAUCAUCCUGCUUGGUGUGCUACUGGCUGUGUACCUGUCUCUUGCUGUGGUGCUAAGGCCAGCAGACGUCCAUGAUGCUAAGAAAGGAACCUGUGUUUUUCUGCGGGAUAACUCCCUCUCCCACCAGCAGAAAUAUGAAGUCAUCAUGGAGACAGGCUUCAGUCAUGGUGCUGGGACUACAUCUAAGAUCAGUAUUAUUUUGCACGGUGAAGAGGGCAUGUCUGAAACCAGAGAGCUUAUAAGUGAAGACAAUCGACCCAUGUUUGAAAGAAAUUCUAGAGAUCGAUUCAUUGUAACUUUACCGUCAAGUCUAGGCAGGAUCUAUAAGAUUCAGCUGUGGCACAACAACACGGGCUCGUCACCUGGGUGGUACCUGCGUCAGGUGGUUGUCAGAGACCUGAGUGCUGGCCAGGUCUACUACUUUCUGUGUCAGAGGUGGCUGGCAGUAGACAGAGAUGAUGGGAAUGUUGAGAGGGAGUUCACUGUCAUAGACGGGAGUAACAUCAGCUUCAGCAUGAUCUUCUGGUGGAAAAGCUCUCAGUACCUGAGUGAUUUCCACACGUGGAUAUCCCUGUGGACAUGUCCACCUCACAGUCGCUUCACCAGAGUCCAGAGGCUGAGUGUCUGCUUGACUCUCCUGUUGUCCUACAUGUGUUUGAGUGCCAUCUGGUUCAGCCAGGUCCCACCAAAGAUCCGAGGAGAGUUUGGUCUGCUGGACUUGUCAUGGCAGAACAUCCUGGUUGGCUGCGGCUGCUGUGCCAUGAUCAUACCACUCAAUAUCUUCUUGAGCUUUUUAUUUAGAAGGAGCAGGGUCCACUACCCAGGCCAUCAACAGGACAAAGCUAUUGUUGCGGGCAAGUCUGUGAGUGACUUUGUCAGUGAUGGAGAAGAGGAGUCAGCACCCCAGUCUGCAGUUACAUAUUCCAUCCUAGACCAGUCUAUCCUAAACUGGCAGAAUAUUCAAGAAUGGGCCCAGAAGCAAUGGCUGAAACGUCAACAGUCUGUACGCUCAAGUGCUAACAGUGUGAAGACCACACAAACCAGUCCCCAGCUCUCAGGACCUUUAGCAGCCCCUCUAGUGCAGCAGACACUUUUAGCAGAAGAUGACACAGACCAGGCAUCAAGUGGCUUUGAAGAUGCAACCAGUCAGGCUACAGCAGAGAGGCACCGUGUCAAGGCUACCUCAGAUAUCAGCUCAGAUGGCAAGAAGUCUAGAAAUGUUGAACAUUGUGAUGUGGGGGUGCUGGCCACCAGCUGGAGAUUUUUUCUUCCCUUUUGGUGUCGCUACAUUGCCUGGACACUCUGCUUCUGCCUGUCUUGUGCCUGUGCUGCCAUCACCAUCAUGUAUGGAUUCAGAUUUGGCUACACCAAGAGCGUCAUGUGGCUUCAAUCAGUUUACUUUAGCUUAAUGAUGUGUAUAUUUAUUGCACAGCCUCUGUUGAUUUUCUUGGUUGUGCUGUACACUGCCCUCUGCCAAAGAAACAACGCCUCUGUCUUUGAUCAUUAUGAGGAUGGGUUUUAUGGAGAGAGAGUGAUAUGUCGAGACUACAUCCAGCCCUACAGCCAUUUGACUGAGGAAGAGGAGGAGCUACAAAGGGGUGUUGCUGAGAGGUCAAGGUCAAGAUAUUUAAGAUUUGCUGGACCUCCACAAGAGAAACAGCUGAGGUCAUCAAGGAAGAAGCUCAUCAAACAGAGACGAGCCAUGCUUUUGCUCAUGGAUUUCUGUUUCUUUGUCUUCAUGUUCAUACUCUUAAGUAUUAUGGCAUUUGGUAAAAACACCACAGCCCAUUAUCAACUUAAUAAAUCUUUAAAGGACGCCUUUCUUGUAAAACAGUCUGAGAACAGCACAUCUUUCCUCAAGGUGAGAUCUGCCAGUGGCUGGUACAGGUGGAGCCAGACUGUUUUGAUUGACACGCUCUACUCUCACACCUCCUGGAGCAAUCAGAGUUUACACCCAGGGGAAACUUUGGGACUGGUCAUUGGAAAUGUCCAGCUACGGCAACUCACUUUUGCACCAAAGACCUGCCAAAGUUUACAUUAUCUAGCACCCAACUUUGACUGCUUUCACAUGACUGACAACAGUUCAGGCACAAAUUCAUCAGACAGCUUCAGACAGCAGCAUCAGGCAACAGACAACCACUUCAGUCGAGGAUUCUGGGGGCAAAACUAUUGGCUUGAUACAUCUGGAUAUAUACUCCAGCUUAAUCAUUCAAGGGAUGAAGCCAUCAAGCAGCUGAUUGGCCUGGAAACUGAGGACUGGAUUAACAGGCAAACUAAAGCUGUGAUUGUUGAAAUGACUUUAUAUAAUGCUGCCACAAAUUUAUUCAGUUCCCUAACUUUGCUGUAUGAAGUGGAAGCAAGUGGGCAUGUGUCCACAGCCUCGUACAUAAUGUCGACGUAUUUGUUCCGCUACAUUACCAUCUGGGAUAACUGCAUUCUAGGUUGUGAGUUGUUCUGUAUUGUUAUAACUCUCUUGAUGUGCUACAACCAACUUCAACAUAUCAUCAUGCUGGGCAAAUCGUACUUUUAUCAUUUCUGGAACUAUAUUGAGCUGUUGAUGUGUACAUCAUUUCUCCUCUAUACUGGGUGCUAUAUUUAUCGCUGUAUUCUGGUUUCUGAAGCAGUUGAGUUCAUAAGAAGCACUUUUUAUGAGCAGUUUAUUCCACUUGGGUUUGUGGCUCUUUGGGAUCAGAUACUGCAAGGCCUAGUCUCUGUCAUGUUGUUCUGUGUCAUGCUAAAGCUGCUGCAAGUCUUGAGGUACCAUCAGAUUUUCUGGCGUUUACAAAGUGUCUACCGCAGGUGUAAACAGGAGCUGCUACUGGCUGGGAGCCUGUAUAUUGGAUUUAUUCUGGCCUUCUCCUCCCUGAGCACUGGGCUGUUUGGAGCUGUCCAGUUCAGCAUGAGGUCACUGUGGUCAAGUGUGAUGGCAAUGACAGCUCUGUCCGUACGCAGAUUCCACUGGUCGGACAAUCAAGUUCUGUCACAGGAACAAAAUCCAUGGCUUGAUAUUGUUCUUAUGUUCAGCUUUACAUUUUGUCAUGGCUUCAUUAUGACUUAUAUCUUUAGUGUCCUGGCCUAUAGAUUUAAAAAGACCAAAAAUUGUCAUGUACUUGCCAUGCCAGCAAGUCAACUCUUGUCAUUUUACUGGGACAAAAUGGUCAAGUGGUCAGGAUCCCGUCCUGAGGCUUGUCAUGAGGAGAUAGAUAACUCACUGCCUCCAGAGUUUACAAUGGCUGAGAUCCUGUACCUGGUGGAAGAGCUGCUGUUCCGCAUGAAUGCAUUACUUGGGACCUCAGGUUUACCAGACAAAAGAAAUAGUUUGACAGACUCAGACAGCACACAAAACUAUGGGGAUGAUGGCAUCUCUAGUGGGGGCUCUGAUGUUAGUCUACCUAAAGAUCAAAUGAUUCCAAUAACAAUGUCAGUUGCCUUAGAGGGGGCUCGCCUGGAACAUCGAGUACAGAAAAUUGAGGAUAAACUCUGCUCGAAUGAGCCCUACCUGGCACAGCUCCUCAAGUUAGAUAGUAUUGGGACUGACAUACUUUCUGAAGAAAAGGAAAAAGAAAUUAGGUCUCACCUGGAGUUUGAAAUAUUCCGUCAACUCCAAAUGCAGAGACAAGAAGCAGCUGUGUGUGAGCAACAGGAGCUGCCAGUCUUUGAUGCCAGCAGCAAGUUAGCAGCUGGACAGGCCAAGUACUCUAGUCCUGACUCUACAGGCCCAGAGCCAAUCAGACAACACAUCCCCCACUGCAGCCCUUUCAUGGUGCUAGAUGAUAGCACUGAGAUGCAGAAAAAAGGGCAGGUUCAUAAAGAAAACAGUUCGACCUGUUCUGACCUUGAUCCAGAUGAGGCUGAAGAAACAGGCGGUGCUGCCCAGUUCAAACCUCUGAUGACCCUGCCACCUAAACGCAGCCAGAGUCUGAAGGUGCCUGGUAGACAGGCAGGUAGAUAUGAUUUGAGUCCAGCCCUCACAUGCCAGAAACAGUGGCUGGACCUGUCCACAGGUGAUGUGGCCAGAGAUGCUAAGCUCACUGCCAGGUAUCUGAGAGUGGCCUCUACAGGGGGGGUGGCAUCUACAGGGAGGGUGACAUCUACAGGAAGUGUGACAUCUGCAAGCGGCAUGACAUGUGCAGGUUUUGUGCACAAACAAGAAGUCCUGGAGCACCCACCAGACAAGAAAGACAUCCAGUCAAGUAGCCAGGACAAGAGAGCAAAAGCUGAGCACAAACAGGACAAGCUGGCAUCAAAACACAAACCUGAAGCCCCGCAUCAGAACCUGACAGCUGGUGGACCCAAAACUUCCUCAGGCAAUGUUAGCCCCCAGAGUUCUGAAGGAGAGAGGGGACAUAAGAGGACAGAUUCCUCGUCUGGUCAGUCUGAGCGCAUGGACACCCCACGUCUAGUGAGCAAGAAACCAGAGCUUCCCCCCAAACCCACCUUUGCCCACAGCAUGUUGCGCCCCAUGGAAGCAGGUAAAGCUCUGUCUGGGUGGAGCUGUAAGCCCAAACAGUUCAACCCUGAGCUCAUGUCCCCCAUGUGUGCUGAGUCCAGCUCGGGCUCAGAGCAAGAGGCCUCCAGCAAACGCCUGUCACAGGGGAGAAGGAACCUGCGCAAGACCAAGUCUCGCGGCAAAGGAAAAGGCAAUGAAGCCUGCAUGAGUUCUCCCAUGGUCCUUGAGGCAGAUUUCACAUCCAGUGGUCAGAGUUCCAACUGUAACAUCCUGAUUCAUCCGGUACCGUCUGGCAUCAAUCUUGAUGACAGCACAAUGCCUGAACAGUUUUUAAACUAACUCCACACAUUGAUGCAAUGUUACAUCUCAUUUGAUUGGUUGAUUGAAUGGAAAAGU